AUGAAGAAGGAAUUGGAAGUGAGCAUGGUGGGGGAGCUAAACUACUUCUUAGGCCUUCAAGUGAAACAACGGAAAGAUGGGAUAUUCAUAUCUCAAGAGAAGUAUGCCAAAAAUCUUGUAAAGAGACUCAGUUUAGACUCCAAGAAACAUGCAACCACUCCAAUGAGUUCCUCGGUAAAACUAAGCUUUGAUCUAGCCAGUGUGGAAGUAGCACCCAAAGAGUCCCAUUUGACAACGGUCAAAAGAAUCAUUCGCUAUGUCAAUGGAACUUCCGACUAUGGGAUUUGGUACUUAAGAGAUUCGAAUGAUUGCCUAGCCGGAUACUGGGAUGUUGAUUGGGCUGGGUGUGUUAAUGAUAGAAAAAACACAUCGGGAGUGAGUUAUGGAGCCAAACCAGAUGGGAAAACAGACUCAGCUCAGGCUUUUCUUAGUGCAUGGACAAAAGCUUGUGCCUCUAUGCAGCCUGCCACUAUUUAUGUACCAGCAGGGAAGUUCGCUAUAUGGCAAGUGACUUUUAUCGGACCAUGCUACAACAAAGUUAACGUUAUGCUUAUUGGGACCCUUGUGGCCCCAUCGGACUAUACCGUAUCUGGUAAUGGGAUUCUUGAUGGGAAAGAGAUUAAUUCGGGUAAGGAAAAUUCUUGGAGAUUUACGGGUUUCUACGGUAAUCUCGAGACCCACAAGCACCAUGAUUCUUGGGCUAUUCAAAAAAAUCUGAACCAAAACUCUUCUUUGCCUUGGCUUUGUGCGGGUGAUUUCAAUGAGAUUUUAAGGUCUCAUGAAAAGAAAGGUGGUAGAGCAAGACCGGAGGUGCAGAUGCGGGAUUUCCGUGAAAUAUUAGAUGAAUGUGGUUUUGCCGACUUGGGUUUUAGUGGUCAAAAAUUCACUUGGUGUAAAAGAUUGGCAGGUGGUGUUAUGGUUUGGGAACGUCUUGAUAGGGCCGUGGCUAAUCAAGAAUGGAUUUCUAUGUUUCCGGGAUACUCAAUCAAAGUGGCGGAAGGGGAGGAGGUGAGAAGUGGAAAUGGGGACCAGCUACAUGUCCUGAAGGUUGAAUUAAGAGAACUUCUUAUUAAGGAAGAAAAGCUUUGGCAGCAACGUUCUAAGCUGCAUUGGCUUAAAGAAGGGGAUCAAAACACACGUUACUUUCAUGGCAAAGCUUCCCAGAGGUAUAGGAAAAACUGCAUCAAACGCCUAAGAAACCAAAAUGGGGAGUGGUUUGAUGGGGAGGACCAAAUUGCUCAAUUAUUUAUUGACUAUUAUAGUGAGCUUUUCACAACUUCAAACCCGUCUCAAUUGGCGGAGGUGUUGGAGAAUAUUCCUCAGGUUGUCUCAGAUUCUAUGAAUGCAGAUUUGGUGAAACCUUUUGUUAAGCAAGAGGUGGAUGUGGCUCUUAAACAGAUGGCACCUCUGAAAGCGCCGGGCCCAGAUGGCAUGCCCCUCAUCUUCUAUCAACACUAUUGGGAUUCCAUUGGUGAUGACGUGUCUUGUGUUGUUCUUUCCUGCCUCAAUUCAGGUUCUAUCCCAGCUAGUCUUAAUCAUACUCAUAUCACCCUUAUCCCCAAAAUAAAAAAUCCCGAAAGUGUUUCUGAUUUUAGGCCUAUAUCUUUAUGUAACAUUUUGUAUAAGCUAAUUUCUAAGGUGUUGGCUAACCGUUUGAAAACUCUGUUGCCAUAUGUUGUAUCAGAAUCCCAGAGUGCCUUUCAAUCCGAUAAGGCUAUCACGGAUAAUAUUUUGGUAGCUUUUGAAACGUUACAUCAUAUGAAGAUCAAAAAAAUGGGGAAGGAGGGGUUUCUGGCUAUUAAAUUGGAUAUGAGUAAGGCUUACAAUAGGGUUGAGUGGAUUUUUUUGGAGAAUUUGAUGCGGAAGUUGGGUUUCCAUGGGAGAUGGGUUGAUUUGGUUAUGGCUACAAUUAAAUCUGUGUCUUACUCUUUUUUGAUCAAUGGGUUCCCUUGCGGUUUCAUUAAGCCUACUAGGGGGAUUCAUCAAGGUGACCCCCUAUCCCUUUAUCUUUUCUUGUUGUGCUUGGAAGGAUUAAAUGGGCUGCUCAAUAAAGCCGUGGCUAGGGGUGAUUUAAGGGGCUUCUCGCUUUGUAAGAAUGGUCCACAAAUCUCACACCUAUUCUUCGCCGAUGAUAGCUUGAUUUUUUGUCGAGCGAAGAUGGGUGAUGUGCAAGCAAUUCAAUUGGCGUUAACCCUAUAUGAGAGAGCAUCCGGGCAAAGAAUAAAUGGUUCAAAAACAAAUCUUUUUUUUGGUAAAUUUGUCCUUGAGAGCACCAAAAUAGAUUUGAUGAAUUACCUAGGUGUUUCGGAGAUUAAGGAGUAUGAAAAGUACCUAGGGUUGCCGGCUAUGGUGGGUAGAAAGAAAAAGGAGAGUUUUAUCUAUAUAAAGGAGAGGAUUUGGGGGAAACUUCAAGGGUGGAAGGAGAAACUCUUGUCACAAGCCGGUAGGGAGGUGUUAUUGAAAGCUAUUGUGCAAGCAAUUCCAUCUUUUGCCAUGAGUUGUUUUCAAUUACCAGUGAACCUUUGCCAUGAGAUUGAGGUGGAAUGGGUUUUGCGGAGCUUAGGAAGUUCAACGAAGCCAUCUCAUGUCAAAACGGGGUCCUAUGCUUGGCGGAGUAUUCUCAAGGCUCGAUACUUAAUUGCUGAAGGUGCUAGAUAUAGGGUGGGGAAUGGCCAAACUGUCCGGAUUUAUCAAGAUUGCUGGCUGCCUGGUGAUGGGUCAGGCAAGGUGAUCUCUCCCCCCUCUUUGUUACCUGCUGAUGCGAGAGUUGCAGAUAUUAUUGACGCUGAUUCGGGCCGGUGGAAUUUGUAUCUGUUGGAAAGAGCUUUUCUGCCAUUUGAGGCACAAAAAAUAAAAUCCAUCCCUCUUUGUCUCAUCCCACAAGAAGACAUUUUGAUUUGGCCAAAAACUAAGGAUGGCCAGUACUCGGUGAAGCUUGGGUACCAAUUGUUGUGUGCCAAGGAGCUCUCUGGUUCAGCGUCAAGAUCAUCUAAUGAGGUGAAUCGGAGGAUGUGGUCUGGUUUAUGGAGACUGAAGGUGCCCAGCAAAGUCAAGACUUUUGCUUGGCGGGCUUGUUCUGAGUCCCUUCCCACGAUGGUGAAUUUGGCUAGGUUGGCGCUGCAGAAUCCACGUGGAGCUGAAGGUUUCAUCAUGAUUUGUUGGUCUAUCUGGAAUCGGCGCAACAAAAUUAGAGUCAAUGAGGUCGCUGCUCCCCUUGAGAAGAUCCCGGAGUUGGCACAGAAGCAGUUAACGGAUUUCCAGCAACUUUGUGCGAAACCGGAAUCAAAAACGUUGCUGAGGAAAGUCAUCUGGAAGCCUCCCGAUGCAGCUCUGUUGAAAACUAAUUUCGACGGUGCGGUUUUUGACGAUCUGGGAGCUGCCAGAAUUGGAGUGGUGUUGCGUAAUUCUCUGGGUGAUGUCUUGGUUGCACUGUCUGAAAUUAUCCCUCUGCCUUCAUCCAUUAUUGCUCUGGAAACUAUUGCAGCAAGGCGGGCUGUCCUGUUUGUCCGUGAGCUUGGUUUCAGUGGCACUAUUUUUGAAGGGGAUUCGGAAGAGUAUAUUUCAGCUAUUAAGAAGCAAAGUUUUCAGCACCCAGUGGUGGGUCAUUUAGUUCAAGACAUUAUGUCUUUAGUCAGUAUGUUCCAAUACUAUUCUUUCUCUCAUACGCAUUGGCAUGGCAAUGUUUUCGCACAUGCGUUGGCUAGAUGA